UUUUUUUUUUUUUUUACCUUUUUAAGUCAGAGGUAAAUAUCUGUUCAACACCAAAACAACAAAAACAGUAGGAAUUUGCUGUCCUUUGCUAACCCUGUCCUGGAAGACAUUUGCAUCUGUGAAUUACUUCUCACCCCAAAUAAAGUUAGUUGGGAAUUUAAUGAGACUUCUAAGGGGCAGAUGCCCAUAUCACAGUAUUAUUAUCUCAGUAUGCUUGAAUGUUAACUGUCUCAGCAGACCCAGUGUUAGAUUUGUUUUCAUUCUUCUGUUUGUCUGUUUUAGUUAGGAUGAAGCCUACUGCUGAGAGACCUGAAUUACUUUUACAUCUGUUAGACAGGAGUUGAAUAUUUGAGUUUCUCUAACUUUCAAUCUCAUAUCUCUGAUUUUCUAGAUAAAAAUAAACAUGUUCUUUCAAUUUUGGUAACUACUGAACUUGCUGAUGGCUUGAAAGGAAUAAAAUUUGACUGUGUCAGCUACAAAGGCGAUGUUGAAGAGGUUACUGAGUGAGUGAUGGAGAAUUCAAAUAUGCGCCUAUGCUGAAAGAGUGGAAGCAAUGCAUCAGGCUACAGACUGGCCAAAAAAAUUGGUCUAUCUACUGUAUUUCUAAAAGCAAAGUGCUUCUAGUUUGGCAGCAGAUCUGCAGGGAUAUAGAGCUGAAGGAAUAUUUGUGAUUUGCCAAGGUAUGAGGGGAACUUGUCGAGGACAUCAGAACUGGCAUGCUUCUGUCUUCUGUCUUAAGUGAUGCCUUGCUGCAUGUGCAUCCUUUUUCUGCUAUGCUGUUUUUGCUGUUUUUAAACAGUAAAAGCACUAAAAGUAAAAAGCAAGGUGGACUGGUUGAUCAGGUGCAUUUCCCUUUUGGAAGAGAUGGUCCUAGUUAUGAAACUUCUGCUCCUCACCUGCCUCUGGCCAACAGCAGUGCUACACAGUUCUCAAAGUCAACAUCGCCAUCUUCAUCAUCAGCAACAGUUCUCAUUCUUAAGAAAGCAUAACAGCAAACAAGAAAUUAAAAUGAGGACAAUUGACAGCACAAAAGUACGGCCACUUAAAUCUGAGCAGCUGCUUCACAUAGAGGAUCAUGACUUUGCACUCAGACCUGGAUUUGGAGGGUCGCCAAUACCUGUGGGCAUUGAUGUGCAGGUAGAAAGCAUUGACAGCAUAUCUGAAGUUGACAUGGACUUCACAAUGACUUUGUAUCUCAGACAUUACUGGAAGGAUGAGAGACUUUCAUUUCAUAGUAACAAAAACAAAAGUAUGACUUUUGAUGGAAGACUGAUAAAAAAGAUAUGGGUACCUGAUAUAUUUUUUGUACACUCCAAAAGAUCUUUCAUCCAUGAUACAACUGUGGAAAACGUCAUGCUCCGAGUAUACCCUGAUGGCAAUGUACUCUUCAGUCUACGAAUAACAGUUUCUGCUAUGUGUUUCAUGGAUUUCAGUAGGUUUCCUCUGGACACCCAGAAUUGCUCUUUAGAACUGGAAAGCUAUGCGUACAAUGAAGACGAUCUGAUGUUAUACUGGAAAAAUGGAAACAAGUCUCUGAGCACAGAUGAGCACAUCUCCCUCUCCCAGUUUUUCAUUGAAGAAUUCAGUGCUUCCAGUGGACUAGCUUUUUACAGCAGUACUGGUUGGUACAAUCGACUUUUUAUAAACUUUGCCCUUCGGAGACAUAUUUUCUUUUUUGUGCUACAAUCCUACUUCCCUGCCAUGCUGAUGGUGAUGCUGUCUUGGGUUUCAUUUUGGAUUGACAGAAGAGCUGUUCCUGCCAGGGUAUCACUAGGUAUAACUACAGUGCUGACAAUGUCAACCAUCAUGACAGGAGUAAGUGCCUCAAUGCCUCAAGUGUCUUACAUAAAGGCUGUGGAUGUGUAUUUAUGGACCAGCUUCCUUUUUGUCUUCCUGUCUGUCAUUGAAUAUGCAGCAGUGAACUAUCUCACCACGACUGAAGAGAGAAAGCAACUGAGAAAACGGGGCCAGGCUUCAGGAAUGUAUACUAUUGAUGCAGUACAAGCAAUGGCUUUUGAUGGCUGCUUUCAUGACACGGAUGUGGACAUGGACCUGACUGCUUUUUCAGACCACUCUGAAGAGAAUGAGACUCGGGCACGUGCAGCCAGUGUCUCCAAAGUGGACACAGCUCGCAUAAAGAGGAAGAAAUCUCUGAAGGGAAGCGUGGGCAGGAUUAUUAUACAGAACAAUCAUGUUAUUGACAAAUAUUCCAGGAUUAUAUUUCCCAGUGUAUAUAUUGUGUUCAACUUCUUUUACUGGGGUUUGUACAUAUGAACAAAACCAAUUAUAAGCUAGACAUUAGU